UAGUUUCUUUAUGUGUUUCUUUCAUGUCAUUGAACACCUAUGUAAUAUCAACUUGUUUAACAAUACUGGGUGUAUUCCGAAAUGAUUGUGUCGCGCGCUUUCUACAAUUGUAUUAACACAGCUCGAGAAGUUAUUUUUGUUUUCUCGUCUAAUCAAAACUAGUCCUGUUAUCAAUGGCAUUUACCGCUAUUUUCAGUAAGUGUAGCUGUUGUAAAACGUUCUUGUCGGCUGGUGACACGCCACCGUACGGGAUUGUCAAACCGCGUGCAGUUACAUAUUGCGUCAUAGCGCAUACUAUAGCAUUCGUGUCAUUGUUUCAGUCAGGAACAUCUUUAAUGUGUUCGGCUGGAAUGGACAUUAUUUAUUAAAACAUAACGAUUAUGUUUACAACGGACUACAUGGAUUGUCAUAUUUUGUCUUGUUUUGGGCGACAGAUUGCAGGAUGCAGGGCUCAGGCUGUUCAUGUUUGAAGUUAUGGUUCAUUCCUCCGCUAGGUCCCGCGUCCCCCCAGCUAAAAUUUACAAUCUGUUUCAAAUAACUGGAUACGCAUCUUAUGAUGAAAUGCAUAUCUUUUUGCAUGACGUGUGCAUUUGUGUUGGAUUUGCUAUACGUCAGUAUCUCCUCCAUAAUGAUACAUCACCUUUAACUUGAGCAUUAUAUACCCAGCGAUGCUUGCAGUGAGUGUGUUGGGCUGAUACUUGCUUGAAUCAAUCCAUUUUAAAAGGAAAAAUAUGUUCACUUAAAGAGAUGUCAGUGCAGGCUGUGAAGAAAGGAGGUUUGUUUUUGACUUUAAAGCUGACAGCUUACAUAUCAGUGCAGUACUGCGAAUUCGAUGUCAGAAACGAAAAUGUGAGACUGGUGGCAUUUGCUGAAAGAUGGUUAAAAGACAGUAAAUUUAAAAUUUAAAGGGAAAUGUUUAAUUUUGUGUAUUGCUUGAAUUUAGAAUUGGGGAAACAUAAUAAAUCAACUGAUUGUUUGGCUCCAUGCCAGCAGAGCAGUGUAAGACCUAUGGAAAUGUUCUGGUCUUGGAUGGUGUUAUCCAGUGCACUGAACGUGAUGAAUUUUCCUAUCAAGAAAUGAUUGCCAAUCUACCUCUGUGCUGCCACCCGUGUCCUAAAAAGGUGCUGAUUAUCGGUGGUGGAGAUGGCGGUGUCCUGAGAGAAGUGGUGAAACAUCCUCUAGUGGAGUCCGUGGUUCAGUGUGAAAUUGAUGAGGAUGUGAUAAAUGUCUCAAAGAAGUACCUGCCCGGAAUGGCGAAUGGCUUCUUCAGCCCUAAGCUAACUCUAAAUGUGGGAGAUGGCUUUGAGUUUAUGAAACAAAAUCAGGAUGCCUUUGAUGUCAUCAUCACCGAUUCCUCUGACCCCGUUGGUCCAGCAGAAAGCUUGUUUAAGGAGUCUUACUACCAGCUCAUGAAGACAGCCCUGCGAGAGGGGGGGAUCCUCUGUUGCCAAGGUGAGUGUCAGUGGCUCCACCUGGAACUCAUCAAGGAGAUGUACAGCUUCUGCAAGACUCUCUUCCCCGUCGUGGACUAUGCGUACUGCACCAUCCCCACCUACCCCAGUGGUCAGAUUGGCUUCAUGCUCUGCAGUAAAAACCCGGUGACCAAUUUCCGUGAGCCUGUGAGAGAACUGCCCAAGGAGGAGGUGGAGGAUAUGAAGCUGAAGUACUACAACUCGGACGUGCACCGGGCAGCGUUUGUCCUCCCAGAGUUUGCCAGGAAGGUAAUGAAGCCAUCGUUAACAGAACGGCAGGGCUGUGGCGUGCGUCUGAGUAUCAGGGCCGGAUCCAGGUGCUAAGUGAAAGCAAGUAAAAGUGGCUCUUUCAGCAGCGUCCGUGGCAAGCACGGCCUUUCAUGCAGACUGAACAAAACCUUCACCACCAAUGCUGAACUUGAAACCUCUUGGAAGCUGCAUCUCUGCCCAGAGCUGACUGGAGAUGGGGGACUUCGGAUGGAAGUGCUGAAGUUAGGCUGAGACGUGGAAGGUCACCUGAGAGGGAAUGGCAACCUCUGUGUGGAAUUCAGGUUUCGCUGCAGCAGUAAAUUCCAGCCCCUUCCUGUCUUACAGUCUUUUAUUGUUUCUAAUUUAUUCUUCGGGUUUUGACGUCCGUUUCAUCUGUACGACCAGUGAGCGACACCUGCUGGGUCAGUCGUAACAGAGAAAGUUUUGUCUUCAAACUGCAGAUCAUGUUUUUAAGGUACUAUAUAACUAAAAUGUACACUUCCCACACGUGUCAGUAAGUUAUACCCAGUGUUAAUAACUAACACAUCUCAGGAUUACACAUCUUAAUAUUAAGAAAAUCUAUGAUGGAUUCAUUAUUCCACUGUUUUAUUGUACACUUACUGUUGUAAGGGAGAUGUUUUAUUGUAUUUUUGUUCUGUAUAUCAUCUUCUGGUCGCUUAACAUGGUUACAUAUUACUGGUGUCACAGUUGUUGGGAGGUGUAAAAUGAUAAAAUAUAAUACUGUAUGAAAUUCAGCUAUGAUUAUUAAUAUUAUAACAUUACUAACUUGGAAAUUGAUGGAGUAGGGUUAGAAAGUGAGAGGUCUUGUAUGAGGUUAACAAUCAUGCGGAUUAUAGGAUAAUUAGUAUUAAGUAUGUUCUGUAUACAACCACUAUGUGAUGGCAAGGAGCAGGAGUUAAAAGGUUUGCAGACGGCAGAACGUUUUACUUACUUUAUUUUACAGUCAGGUGUGAUACAGCACUCAUGUGGGGGAUGGCGUGGAAAUGAGGUCAUCCAGCCUUGAAGCAAGAAGCCAUGAUUUCCAGUAAAUUUGAUAAUUAGCUUCAGAGAAUGCUAACAAUUGCAGCGUGUCUGUGUUCAAGCAGUUCCAUGUUGAUUUUUGUAAAGUCUUCUACGCUAAAUAAAAGGGAUGAAAGGAG